AUGAUGUGUCGAUCAUCGAAUGCACGCAGCAAUUUUCAAAUGCCCGAAAGCCCGCUGCAGACAAAGGUCCGCUAUAUAGCUCAAGAGCUGUAUAGGACCUGUGUGGAGCCUGAUCGAGGCGCUCGUGUGCGGGGGACAGGGUCUUUAUCCCCAAAGAUCAGCCUCCGGUACCGGAAGGGCAAAGAAGCUUUCGAGUGGUGCAGGUGUGUGCACGAGCCUAGGUAUUUUACCCGUACCGCCGUCAAGGGGGCUCUUAACCAUUUGUUGGACCACUAUAAGAUCGAGGUUCCCUUGUGUGAGCUCGAGGGCUUGACGCGCAAAGAGUGGAUACGUCGACAGACCAAGGCAGUGCAACAUUUGUGUAAGCGUGCUGUGAAGAACGCUUUCGCCAAAAGUCGGCCAGCCGUCCUUGCUAUAGCCAUGGCAGACGAUGAGGAGACUCAGCCGUACUCGCUCGAGGAUGCGCAGCUCCCCAUGAUCAUGAGCCCUGGCGGUGAGAAUCCGGCAGUGCGUCUUCGGUCCAAGCGGACCCCUACACCGAAGCUCCGGGGCUUCAAGCGCAAGGGCAGCAGCAGCACCACGGCUGCCUCAGAUUCCACGACUCGCGAAUGGGGCGACUUCGACUACGACGACUAUGAUGAUGAUUGGGAGGGUGCAGGUGCCGACAGCCUUCCCGAAGCUGUAGAUAAUCAUCUUCAGAUCUGCGGUGCAUCCGACACAGGUGAUUUCGAGAAUUGGGAUGCCGCUAUGGAAUCUGGCGACGGUGAGUGGCACGGGGAGGAGAAUGAAUAUGAAGGUCAAGAUGACGAAGACUAUUGGGCUGAUGCUUCUUGGGUCGCUGAUGCUGGGGAUGGUGGCUCAGGCUAUGUUUGCAAUGAGGGCCAGGGUUCGGAGGGCUGUUAUGAUGCCGAGUGGGAGGGCACUCGGGAAUCUGUCCGCCGAUCACUGUCAUGGAAUGAUGAGCACGGCCGUCCCCUGGCCAUGGAUGCGGGCCGGCGCAUCACGAUGAUGGCUCGUGGAACGAGCCACUUUGUUGCCAAGUUAGCAGCUGGCCGAGCUGCAAAUCAUGAUGCGAAGCCUGCCUCAUCAUGGGAGAAGUUGGAGUCUGAUUGGCGCGAUGCCGAGAGUGCCAUCCGUGCCAUCGAAGAGAUGUGGGGGGAUGGCUUCGAUGAUGGUGCUAAGGACGGCAAUCCCGGCAAUCACGACGAUGGCCUUGAUGAUGAUCUGAUCAACAGAGACCUCGAGGAAGCCUACGAAGCGGCGGAGGACAAGACUCGAACCCUCGACCACCCUGCAGCCAUCCAUGCCUUCCCGGACAAGCCAGAUUUGAAGACCGUGCCUGUGAACCCCCAUGCGCAGCGCUUGAUUGUGGCCGGCAAAUCGACCUCGGAUGCGAAGACCAAUCCCAAAGCCAAAGGCAAAGCGAAGCCCAAAGGCAAGGCGAAGGCAAAAGCGAAGGCGAGCCCGAAGUCCGGCGAAAAGAAAAAAACCCCUUACUCGAUAGCUUUUGAUUCUUUCAAAGACCAGCUGUUGGAGAAUGAGCCUGACCUGAAGCUGCCUGCCAUCCGAGACAGGUGGUGGUACUCGACAGAGAGGACUCAAAUUUUGAGCACCAUACCGAUCGGCGAGCAGAAGCGGAGGAAGUACAUUUGA